AUGAUUCGCACAAAACCGGACAGAGUAGGGAGCACAUGUCACUUACAGGGUAUCGAAGUGCGAGAGUGGAACGAGUGGCGUGAGUGUGUGUUUGUGUACCUAGCGAAUGACUUGCCAACUUUGUGGCAAAAGGGGGGUAACUCUCAAAACCACACCGACCGAAUCAACAUGGCUGCGUCCAGUUCUAACCUAGCAAGAUUCCGAGAAAUUGGGAAGAAGAUAUUGGCGAUCGGGAGAAAUUACAAAUCCCAUGCUGCAGAACUGAACAACCCAAUCCCACAGAAACCCUUGGUAUUCAUCAAACCAACCACUUCCUACAUUAUAGAGGGCCAACGAAUUAGGUUUCCACCUGACUGCAGUGAACUUCAUCAUGAAGUGGAGCUUGGAGUCGUCAUUGGGAAAGGCGGGAACAACAUUUCUGAGGAAGACGCAAUGGAACAUGUUGGAGGGUACGUUCUUGCCCUGGACAUGACAGCUCGUGAUCUCCAGUCUUUCGCCAAAAAGAACGGUCAUCCUUGGGCACUUGCAAAAUCCUGGGAUACAUCUUGUCCUGUCAGCAAUUUCAUUGAAAAGGACAAAAUACCGAAUCCUGGCAACCUUAACCUCUGGCUCAAGGUCAAUGGAGAGAUGAAACAAAAUGGAAACACAACGGACAUGAUUUUCCCUAUUCCAUUCUUGAUCAGUUUUCUCAGCAAAUAUUUCACGCUCGAGGAGGGAGAUGUAUUGUUGACCGGUACGCCAUCUGGUGUUGGCCCAGUGAAUGAAGGGGAUGAAAUACAGGCAGGGUUGUCGGACAUCAUGUCUAUCAAAUUCAGUGUGGCUGAAAACAAGUGAUUUUACUGAAAAUUAAUCCUUUCUGUGAUCACAAUCAAGUGUGAAGGAUUCAUUUUCAUUUAAUUACCUGAAACUGGUGCUAUAAUCAGAAAAAAAUGGUAUGGCCAUAAACCAUAUUGCAUUAAUCAAGAUAUUAUUACUUGCAGGGUAAUGUAUGUAAUUUCACUUUACAAAUGUGUGUGUAUUUAGUGAAAGAAUUUCCAUAUCAAUUAUGAUUCAUUUAAUUACAUUUACAUAUUUUAUAAAAGCUUGAUGCAGAUUAUUAUUAAUUAUGUUAGAUUUAUAUAAAAUUAUUAUGUUAAUGAGAAUAAUACAAAUUAAACAUAAUUUUACAAAAAUGUAUUUUUUGUUUUUUGUUGUGAUAUUUAAUGUAAAUAAACUGUAAUU